AUAGAACCCCGGAGCACGAGCGUCGCGUCGCCGCUGACGUCACGGUCCUACAUUGAGAGAUCGAGCUGAAUUGUAAGCGCGAGCAAUCAGACGGAGGCGCGCCGAGGCAACGGACACAACUACGAUGAACUCCAGUCGGUGUGACUCUACCGUUUUCUGAGGGGAAAAUACAACGUUUUUUUUUUUUUUUUUAAUGAUAAUUGUUGGUUCAUUUGUUUUCCUUCCAGCGACGUAAACAAACUACCGGGACAGUUUUGCAUUCGCUUCGGGGUUACAACAUGUCUUCCGCGGCGGUCGCUGCCUCCAGAAGGCAGUCCUGCUAUUUGUGCGACUUGCCCCGCAUGCCGUGGGCGAUGAUCUGGGAUUUUACUGAGCCCAUUUGCCGUGGAUGUGUCAACUACGAGGGUGCAGACCGGAUUGAAUUUGUUAUCGAGACGGCUCGGCAGCUGAAGAGAGCGCACGGCUUCCAGGAGGGUCGCUCUCCGGGCCCGGGGAAGCCCCACCACGCCGGGAAGGAAAUGCACCACUCGGCUGGAGACCCGGGCUCCCGUGCGCCGCAGCCGCUGGACCGCUACCCGCUCUCUGACCGGCCUCCUCGGCUGGGACCGGAGUACCAGACGGGGAGGCAAGCGAACGGCCUCCCGCUGCCGAACGGAUAUCCAAAACCCGACGAGCCCCCGGAGCUGAACCGCCAAAGCCCAAACCCCCGCAGGACUAGUACGGUUCCUCCCAACCUGGUGCCUUUGGUGAACGGCGGCAUACCGACCAUACAUCCGCUCAACGGCCGCCCGAAUCAGAUGGGUCUGCCCGGGGUUCUGGCCGCGCCUGGCCCCGGGGAGCACGGCAAACGUCCGGAGGAGCUGAAAGACAAACACAGGCCGGACAGCCUGUCGGACAUGUCGGACAGCCACAAGGAGUGGAUAGGCAAAGGCAAAACAGUCAGGGACCUGAUGGCGCUGCACACUUUCGACAGCAGGUUUAAAAAGGAACACGCCGCCAUGCAGAGGGUGAUGGGAUAUGAAACGAGUGCCACUUCCUCAAAAACAGACAGGGGGAAGCACCCCAGGAGCAUGAAGAGGAAGGCCUCCCCAGAGCCAGACGGUGAGGGCAGCGCCCCCAAGAUGAACGGCGGUGAGGGCCAACCUUGGCUCCCGUCACCCUCUGAGAUCCUGAAAAUGCCCCCAGUCGCCCUGCAAGGCUUCUCAGCCGCUCCCUCCUCCACCAUCUCUCCCCACUCCCGCACCACGCCCCCCGAGGCGGCCACGCCGCAGAACGGCCAGUCCCCCAUGGCAGCGCUCAUCCUCGCCACCGACAACGCCGGCAGCACGGGCUCACCGAAGGACGGCAACCAGGUACACUCCACCACGGCGGGCGCGCGGCGGAACAGCGGCAGCCCCCUGUCUCCGUCCUCGGCCUCGCAGAGGAGGCUGGCCCAGAGGGAGGGCCCCGUGAGCGCCAACCCCUCUGCCCUACACAUGCCCGGGGGCAUGGACCCCCACGUGCCGCCACUGCAGAGCAUCCCGGACUCUUCUGUGCCGCCCGGCAGCGUGCCGCUGUGCUGCACUCUGUGCCACGAGCGGCUGGAGGACACUCACUUCGUCCAGUGCCCGUCGGUGGCGUCACAUAAGUUCUGCUUCCCUUGCUCCCGGGAGAGCAUCAAGCAGCAGGGCGCCACCGGCGAGGUGUACUGCCCCAGCGGCGAGCGGUGCCCGCUGGUCGGCUCCAACGUGCCCUGGGCCUUCAUGCAGGGGGAAAUAGCCACCAUCUUGGCCGGGGACAUAAAGGUAAAAAAGGAGCGGGACCCUUGAAAUGCUCACCAGCUGUUCUUGAACUCUUUUCCUUUUGUAAUCCG